UCUCUCUCUCCUCUCUCUCUCUCUCUCUCUCAAAUGUAGUUAAAAAAAUAAAAUAGCAAUUCGUGAUUCAAUCAGACUCUCGUAAACUUCUUAUUAAUUCAAUAAGCGCGAAUUUUGAAAUUCCGGUCCAAUUUGAUUUCAAGAAACAUUGAUAAACACACUCCGAGAUUAGAUCUUGCAAAAUCUAUGAUCUAACUAUAUUUUUUAUGUAUGAUUCUAAGACAAAUAAAGUUAAUUCAAUUUGAUUAUGGACAACGAUUAUCACAGUUCCGUUUCUUUUCGGGCAUCUCGGAAGAAUCAGUACCACGAUGCCAAAGAUCGUGAAGGGGGGUUUUUGAGUGGCGGGAAGUUGACGCAAGAUUAUAAAAUGAAGAUUAUAUGGAAAAGGGGUUUCAUUAAAAUGGUUCUUGCUGUAGGCAUUAUUUGGAUGUUAUUAAUUCUUGGUGUGUUUUUAUUUCAUAUUUGGACUUGCCAAUCUUCUGUCGCUGUCUUUUCAGCUCUUUGUAACAAAGACGGCAAGGUUUUUGGCGUGCUAAACUCAAUGGGACUUGUGAAACUUCCACACCGUUGUCCCAUCCCUGUUGCUGAUGAUCCCGAUAAAAUUGUUAUUCCCACAAGAAAAUCUCCUGAAAAAAUAGUCCAAAAUCUAUCCUACAUUAUGCGGGACAAUAUAUCAAGUAAUGGAUCUCAGUCAACAUCCCUAUUUGGGGGUCACCAGACCUGGCAGCAAAGAGAUGAGAGCUUUAAAGUAAAAUCAACCAUGAAGGUGCACUGUGGUUUUAUGCAAGGUGGUGGUGCAGAAAUGACUCUGAAAGAUGUCAAAUACGUGAAGAAAUGUCGAUUUGUAGUUGCAUCUGGCAUUUUUGACGGCUAUGAUACGCCUCAUCAGCCUUCAAAUAUUAGUAAACGGUCAGAGAGGCUAUUCUGUUUUCUUAUGGUGGUCGAUGAAGUAUCUCUAGACUUCAUCAAGAAUAAUGUAACAGUCAGAGAGGAUGAUGAUGGAGGGCAGUGGGUGGGUAUCUGGCGAUUUAUUCUGCUUAAGCACCAACCUUAUGAUGAGCCUAGAAGGAAUGGAAAGGUUCCGAAAAUAUUAACCCAUAGGUUAUUUCCUCAAGCUCAGUACAGCAUCUGGAUUGAUGGUAAAAUGGAGCUUAUAGUUGACCCAUUGCUUAUUCUGGAAAGAUAUUUAUGGCGCGGGAAGCACACCUUUGCCAUUGCUCAGCAUAAACACCACCGCAAUAUAUAUGAAGAGGCUGAUGCAAACAAAAGGAGGAAAAGAUAUGCUCGGCCUUUGAUAGAUCUACACAUGAAAAUAUACCGUUGUGAAGGAAUGGAGCCAUGGAAUCCAAAUAAGGGUACCGUUAGUGACGUGCCUGAAGGAGCCAUUAUCAUACGUGAACAUACAGCAUUGAAUAAUUUGUUUAGCUGCUUAUGGUUCAAUGAGGUUAACCUUUUUACGCCAAGAGAUCAACUAAGCUUUGGAUAUGUCGUCUACAGGUUAGGAGGUCUGUUCAAAAAUUUUAUGUUUCCGAAUUGUGAAUACUACUCCAUCUUUAUUUUGCACCCGCACACUCGCGAGCAUUCAUCUAAAGUAGAAUGGGUAAAAUCUUUAGAUGAGUUUAAGAAAAACACUGAGUUGAAAGAAACUAGAGGAGGAUUAGGCUUGUGGACACCAUAUCCCAGGAACCUUGAUCUUGUUGUAUUACCACCUGUAGCCAGAACAUCAAAAGCAGGAUGAUAUUAGAUCCAUAUUUUUGUAUUUCAAUAUUAGAAUUCCAUUGUGUUAUUAUAUUUCAUGUUGGUAGUGAAAUAAUAUGAAUUCUAAAUGAUGCCA